ACGCGUUCUCGCAUUCUAAGUGGGUAUUUAAACGACAGUAUCCUUCACACCGCCAUCUAUUUGUGUGAUCAUGCUGGUGCCGACAAGAAGAAAGCUAAGAGUAGCACAGGUACUAUUGAUACUACUAACGUUUUAUCUUAUGUAGAUAAUGAGCAAAGUAGUAGCAGUAACCAACUAGAAUUUAUACGUCCUAAGAAGGCCCGUGUUACUAUGAAGUCUUCUAUCAAGUUAGGUUGCACUGCCAAAAUCAUUAAACAUCAUCCUGAUCAUUGUCCUUGGGAUAUCAAGGAAAUUACGAGCUCUCGUUUGCCUUUUGAAAUCAAACAAUGGAUAACUGAAAAGGUCAGCGAAAAUAUGGACUGGGAACCUGGGUAA